AUGUUUACCUGCGACACAUUCCGUCACACAUGUGGGGGGAAAUAUGGCUAAAAGAGAUGUGUUAAGUGUGCUCGAGGAGUGUGUUAAGGCGAUAAAUGAUAACACAGCACAGCCGGAAAACUUCUUGGGGUAAGUUUAUACCUUCUAUAUGUCUGUGUGGUAAUGUAUUGGCUGUUAAUGUUGUUGUUCGUGUGCAUUUAAAGACAAGAGGUUCAACCAGCUAACUGCUCAUGAUGGUCUAAGCCAGUGGUUCUCAACUGCUCUCACUCUGGGACCCAUGUUUUCCCUUGGUCCCACUUUUAUAAAAUUUAAACCAAGCAAAUCUAUUUUUUAAUAAUAAAAAACCUUUACGGACUCAAAUCUGUAACAUAAAUAAAACCGUUUUAUUGAGUAAAGAGCCUUUCAGAGCGCAUGAACUGAGGACUACUCUACUACCACAACUACUUAAGUUGCACAUACAAAAAAUAUCAAACAUCAAAUAAAUAUCAAAUUACACAAAAUGGAGACCAGCAAAAUGAAAAAUGUACUUAUAUGUAUCUCUGAAUUCAGAGCAUAUUCAGAAGAACCUGAGGAAGACCAUGCAACAGUAUGGACAAAAGUGAAUAAUAAAAACCAAAGAUGAAGGUAAUUUUUUUUACUGCAUUUAAGCCACAUUAAUAAAAAACUGAGGAGGACCACGAUAUAAUGGAUAAAAUGAGUAAAAUAAAAAUGAAAGCAAUUAAAUAUUUAGUAAUUAUAGUUGUUUGCGACCCACCCAGAACAUGUCCGCAACCCACUUUUGGGUUGGGACCCACCAGUUGAGAACCAACACAGACCCACACUCCGAGGAAGAGCAGAUGCCCUCUUUUUAAACCUCAAAUGUUGAUAAAAUAUCAUAUAAAAGCUACUGUUUUCAUGUGAAAGAAGUCCCACCCUGGAAUAAACCUAUGUAUGAAAUUGCCAAACCUGAAUAUCUAACAAAUUUUGAUCACAAUUUAUUCUGAUUUUUUUCCCCAACGGUGAGAAAUAACAAAAAAAUACCAGUCUUUACUACUAGCCAAAUUUAGUACUUAGAUGGCAGUGUGUUACAGAUACUGUGUAAUAAUGUUUUGUAUUUUUUCAACCACAAACCCCAGCCUCACCACCCAUACUAAUGUCUUUUUCUUUUCUUUUCAGCCUGCAAGAUGGAGCAGCUGCAGACUUCACAUCUCUCACGAAGACCUUGUAUGAUCUCCACAAAGCCCAGGAGCCUCGGUAUUAUAAAGGCAGCCCACUGGAUCAGCUGGUGGUGGAGAACUUUGAUGAAGAGCAGAUCUGGCAGGAGCUGGAGCUGCAGAAUGAUGCCGUACUGGAACACUUUAAAAAUGCCACUGAUGAGGCCUUGUCUGACAAGACAUUAACGUUGCUAGUAGAAGAGGAAGAGGAGGAGGAGGAGGAGAGUAUAGGUGAGGAAGAAGAAGAAGAAGAGAUUGAUGAUGAAAUUGAAGAAGAAGAAGAAGAAGCACCCAAACUGUCCAAGAAAAUUGGUGUAAAGGCCAAAGACAGGGCAGAGGAUUACACAGAUGAGGACUCUGACAUAGAUUUUGAUGUGGAGGAUCUCGAAAAGCGUGAGAAACAAAGAAAGGAUAUUGGGAGGAGAGGCUCUAAAACAAAGGUGGUUCCCUCAGAGGUUGACGAUAAGUUCUUCAAACUGUCAGAGAUGGAGUCGUUUCUUGACGACAUGGACAAGCAAGAGGGAAAAGAGGAUAAAAAUGAAGAUGAAGUCGACUAUUUCCAGGAUCUGCAAUCCGAUGAGGACGAAGAUCUUGACCUAGAUCAAAUUAUGUCCGCCAAAAAGAAAAGCACUGUAUGUUUCUGAUCACAUGUCUCACAUUUUUCAAAGUGUCUUGGUCAUUAAGAACAGAGGAUAAAGAGUAUUCUUUAUUAUGUUUACAGGCUAAAAGCUCCAGAGAUCUCAAGUACAAGGACUUCUUUGACGCUGUGGAUAGUGAACCAGCUAAUGCAGAUGAACACUCAGAUGAUGACAAUGACAGUAUGGAUGAUGGGGAGGACGAAGAUGAAGGAGAAAUGGAUGAGGAGGAAGAGGAUUUUGAUGGUGAAGAGGAAGAUGACGAUGAGUAAGUGUGAUUGAAACUGUGUUAGCUGGGAGAAACUCAUUUGGUUGAGUGUGGCUAUUUCCAACCUGACUGUGUCUUUCCUUUGUCAGAGAUGAAGAGACAAGCCAGUCUAAAGUAUCAUCGAAGAAAGUGACAUUUAACCUCUCUGAGAAUGAGGACAGUGAAGGAGAGGAUGUGGAGGACAUAUUUGGAGGAAAAUCAACAAGCUCAGCAAAGCCUGAAUCAAAGUCAUCUUAUGAGAGAAGACAAGAAAAGGUGUGUAUUCCAAAUAUAGUCAUUCAGUAGAAAUUGCUUUAAUGUGUCAAACAGUCAAAAAUGUUUUCUUGAUUACAAAAUAAUUCACAUUUCCUACAUCAGAUUACCUGGGAUUUUUUUUAAAUAGGAGAACCCAUUUUCUGUCAAAAUACACAACACUGCUGUGUGUUUAUAUUUCUGUUUAUACAAAGUAGACUGGAACUACUAAAAAAAAGUCCAACUCUAGUACUUGACUCAUGAAACAUUUUAUAAUUUGAUAUACAGAAGAUACAUUUUUCUUCCUCACUUUUCGAUGUAAAGAGAGACAUGCUUCUGUAGUACAAGAUGCCCAUUUUUCCUCUUCAAACAUGUGCUGCUGCAGCUUUUAUCUUCAUCUAACAACACAUAAUCCAGACUCUUUUCAUGCUAAACAGGAUAUCAAAAUUUUGUGUUGCCAUACCUAGUCACUGUUACUUUUGCAAUAACCAGAGCACUUAUCCAAACUGUUAACCAUAAAAAGGAUGCAUGCCUGAAAGGUUCUUGAAAAUCCUUUAAUUAAUGGAUCUGUGACUCAAACUGAAAUUUAUGUGAAGUGUGUGUCUCUCACUGGUUUCUAAAGCAUCAUUGCAGCACAUUGGCUGAUUGUGUGUGUCUCACUGUCAUUCUUGCCUCUAGAUGUCAGAAAAGAUCGUGGAGUUGGAGAAAGCAGCUCUGGCAGAGAAGCCGUGGCAGCUGUCUGGUGAGGUGACGGCACAGACUCGUCCAGAGAACAGCAUGUUGGAGGAAGAUGUGGAGUUUGAGCAGACAUCCAGAAUGGGUAGGGGAUUCUAGUUCCAGGAUAAUAAUAUUGAGUUUUUUAAUACUAAUAGAAAAAAAGAAAUGUAUUCACAAUGUUUUUAUAAACAGCAAGAUUUUAUCUUUGCUUUUUUAGCACCUUCUGUCACAGAGGAAACCACAUUACAGCUUGAAGAUAUAAUCAAACAGAGGAUCAAAGACCAGGUUGGACACAAUAGAUAAUUUUUAUUUAACAUCCAAAGAUUAUUGUGGGGUUCUUUUUGGCUGUGUAUAACACAAGGACUUUGACUUCUGUUUCUAUUAGGCCUUUGAUGAUGUAGUCCGCAAAGAGAAACCCAAAGAGGAGGUGUUUGAGUACAAGAAGAGGCUGACAUUGGACCAUGAGAAGAGCAAACAGAGUCUUGCAGAAAUCUAUGAACAAGAGUACCUCAAACAGACUCAGGUAUAACCCUUGUCACUAUCAUUCCAACUCACAGGAGUCUGUGUUCAAUCAUUUUCAUCAAUUUAUGUAUUUUUCUUACUUCAGCAAAAGACAGAAGAGGAGGAGAAUCCAGCGCAUUUGGAAAUUCAAAAGCUAAUGGACACGCUCUUCUUAAAACUGGAUGCUCUUUCUAACUUCCACUUCACACCUAAACCUGUAAGUUUUACCAGACUUUCAAAUUUCCAAUAUAAUUUAUUAUUCUAAAAAACAAAAGCCUAAAGACAUAAAGCCUAAAUUUAUAACAUACAGUUCCCUUACAAAACAUGCUGUCUGUAAAACGAUAAAUUCCAUAAACAUGAGGAUAAGGCAAAUCAGAAUGUGAACUCAGAAAUUGUAUGUUCUUGGGAAAAUUACAAAAACUUUAGGUCAGUGCUGUAAAGUAAAACCACAUUCAUGUUACGUUUCAUCCACAGCCUGUCCCUGAAGUCAAAGUGGUGUCUAACCUGCCAACUAUUACAAUGGAGGAGGUGGCUCCAGUCAGUGCGAGUGAUGCUACAUUACUUGCUCCUGAAGAAGUCAAGGUCUAUUAUCAGUUGCUUCACACCUUUAUUUUGAUUUUGUAUAUCUAGUUACACCACAUGUCUAAUAAUACUCUACUCUAACCAAAGGAAAAGAACAAAGCAGGAGAUAUUCUUGGGAACACUGAGAAGACGUCGACGGACAAAAAGCGUGAGAGACGUCACAAGAAGACGGUGAAACGUCUGAAGAUAAAGGAGAAAGAAAAGAGACAGAAGCUCAAAGAGGCCAGCAGAGCUGGGGAGAACAAAAAGGCAUCAAAAGCUGAAGUUGCAGAGAACCUGAAGAAACUUACCAAGGGCGGCAAAGCCACACUACUCAAGGUGAGUGAUAUACUUUUUGUUUUUUCUCACAAUCUCACAUGGCUUAGACCUGUUUGCAAGGCAUAUGUUUUUGAACUCACAUUUGAGGGUCAGUUAUUAGUGUAAACAUACUGGUAGUUAAUGUUUUCGAUCAAAUAUCAGUAGCUUCAAUUUUUUGUUCUUGUUCUUGUUCUUGUUUUGUAAUAUGUGUUUUCUCUUUUUUUUCAGGAUGAAGGGAAGGACAAAGCUCUGCGCUCCUCUCAGGCCUUCUUCUCUGAGUUGCAGGACCAGGUCAAAAGUCAGAUCAAAAAUGCAAAGGACUCUUCUGUAAAAAAGAAAAAACACAAAGAGGUUUCUGUCAGCAAACUCAAGUUGUAAUAAGACUGUGAUUGUUUGUUGGGGAGAUAUACUUUUUAUUGUACAGGUUCCUAAGAGCGAUCUGCUUUAUUUGAAAUCUGAAAACCCCUGUUUAAUGUUUCAAGUUUCAUUCACACAGAUUAUGUACUAAGAUGGUUUUUCUAAAUGUGUAGCUUUUCACUUGUAAUUACUUGUUUAUUCAUGUGAAAUAUAAAACUUUCUUUGCCACUAAUAACAAUUCUAUCUAGUAAGCUA